CCUUAAUUUGAAAGUAUAUACCGUGUUCUCUUGUGAAUCACUUAUUAUAAGUGCGCUUUCAAGUUACUUCCACCAAACAAACAAACAAACAAACCCCACUCACUACUAACUUUAUUCACCGGUCACCGGAGAUGCAUCUCCGGCGAGUCCCAGUUUUCCUAUUCCUCUACCUCCUCCUCUCCCCCGCCGCCACCGCCGCCGCAGAAGACAACCUCGCCGUUUUGUUCCCCCACAAGAAGCACAAAAUCAAUGGCCCCAUCAAAACCAUCGUGGUCAUCGUCAUGGAGAAUCGCUCCUUCGACCACGUCCUCGGCUGGCUCAAGUCGACCCGACCCGACAUCGACGGCCUCACCGGCACCGAAUCGAACCGAAUCACCGCCUCCGACCCAGCCUCGCCGGAGAUCCCUGUCUCCGACGAAGCCGUCUUCAUCGACUCCGACCCGGGCCACUCGUUCCAAGCCAUAAGGGAACAGAUAUUCGGGUCCAACGAAAGCUCCGCCAACCCGGCUCCGAUGAACGGGUUCGCCCAGCAAGCCGAGAGCAUGGUUCCGGGCAUGGCCCGAACCGUGAUGAGCGGGUUCAAACCGGAGCUCCUCCCGGUCUACACCGAGUUAGCGAACGAGUUCGGCGUUUUCGACAAGUGGUUCGCGUCGGUUCCGGCGUCGACUCAGCCGAACCGGUUCUACGUCCACUCCGCCACCUCUCACGGCGCAAUGAGCAACGUUCGCAAGGACCUCAUCCUUGGCUUCCCGCAGAAGACAAUCUUCGACUCCCUCAACGAGAACGGUCUCACGUUCGGUAUCUACUACCAGAACAUCCCUGCUACACUCUUCUUCAAGAGCCUGAGGAAGCUGAAGAACGUGCCGAAGUUCCAUAGCUACGCGUUGAAGUUCAGGCGGCACGCGAGGAAGGGGAAGCUGCCGAAUUACGUGGUGGUGGAGCAGCGGUACUUCGACGUGGAGGUUUCUCCGGCGAACGAUGAUCACCCCUCGCAUGAUGUGGCGAUUGGGCAGAGGUUUGUGAAGGAGGUGUAUGAGGUUUUGAGGAAGAGUCCUCAGUGGAAGGAGAUGGCGGUGUUGAUUACAUAUGAUGAACAUGGUGGGUUCUAUGAUCAUGUGCCUACACCUGUUGUGGGUGUGCCUAACCCUGAUGGGAUCAUUGGGCCUCACCCUUAUUACUUUCACUUUGAUAGGUUGGGUGUUAGGGUCCCCACGUUUGUUAUCUCGCCUUGGAUUGACAAGGGUACUGUGAUUCAUGAACCAGAUGGACCAACACCAUAUUCUCAAUAUGAACAUUCAUCUGUUCCUGCCACUGUAAAGAAGCUGUUCAACUUAAAAUCCAAUUUCCUGACAAAGAGAGAUGCAUGGGCUGGUACCUUCGAAAAAUACUUUUACGUUCGCGAUACUCCUCGUGAUGAUUGUCCAGAAACACUUCCAGAGGUCAAAACUGAUCUAAGACCAUAUGGACCAAGAGAAGAUUCAACUCUCUCAGAAUUCCAGAUGGAAUUGAUCCAGCUUGCAUCUCAGCUCAAUGGUGAUCAUGUUCUCAACUCCUAUCCGAAUAUUGGGGAGAGCAUGACAGUGGGAGAAGCAAACAGGUAUGCAGAAGAUGCAGUGAAGAGGUUCUUGGAAGCUGGAAGGGCAGCUAUUAAAGCUGGGGCCAAUGACUCUGCAUUUGUCACAAUGAGGCCUUCCCUCACCAGCAGAGUUGCUGUGAAAGAUUCACGCAAACAUUUGGAAUCUUACUGAUUAUUUAACUAUACAAAGCUAUGUAGAAUGUAAAUAUAGUAUAUAUUUAGUAUUUUCCAUAUUAAAUGUAAGGAAAAAGUACAAAUGCAUGUUUUCAGUUGAAGAACAGUUAACCGUAUAAUUAUUUAUAUUUAAAAUGGAUAAUCAGUUGUUCUUAA